AUGAUCCUCUCUCGCUCCGAAAUCUAUAUUCCCGACAAACCAAAACCUUUUCUCCAAAAUCCCCAUUAGAUCCCUCCGUUUUUACCCCAAUCACUCGCCGCUGUCGAAAUCUCUCACCUUCUGUCACUUGCCAUCCUUCUGCCCUCCUUUCUCUUCAGAGACACAGAGAGAGAGAGAUAAAAGAACCUAGCCUAGGGUUUCCGAACAGUCCGCCUAGGGUUUCCGUACACUCCGCUCCAAGGGUUGCAGUCGCCAUGUACGCAGAUCGGGUCGCCGCCGGGAGCAAGCGGUCUAUAAAGGAUCGUCUUAACGGGAAUUCGGGCGAGGAUUUCGUCCGUAGUCGGCAGUCCGCCAACGGCAAGAGGCAACGCCAAAAUGAUGACAAGUGGAAACAUGAUCUUUAUGAGGAUGAUGAAGAUCCUCAAGUUUCAAAUCCCAAAGUUGGUGCCAGAGACCUUCGAUUGAAGCUUCAAAGGAAGGGUUCACUGCAAGCACAUCAAAGUGGAAAGGGCUCUCGUGAAGGAGUCCGAGAUCUACGUGAAAAACUAGCUGGCACAAUGCACACUCAACCAGCAAAUACUGAUACGCCAAAGGCUAAGGCAGUUGCAGAGGCUGCAAAACCUGUGAAAAAAAGUGUCUUGCCCACUGAGGCAAUCAUGUCAGACUCUAAAAAGGUUGCCAAUCCAGCUUCGUCUAGGAAGAAGUCUCAGCAGAAGGCUGAUACGUCGGUUGAUGGUUUUCUGCAGUCUCUUGGUCUUGAGAAGUAUCUGAUUACGUUCCAGGCAGAGGAGGUUGACAUGACUGCUCUUAUGCACAUGACUGAUGAAGAUCUCAAGGCUCUAGGAAUUCCAAUGGGUCCCAGGAAGAAGAUAAUUCUAGCCCUGGAUUCCAGAGAUUAACAUCGACGUCACAAGCGUCUCUUUUUUCACUGUGCUGGAGCCAAAUCAUCAUGCUUGGCAGCUUGCAUUUGCAUUUUCUAUAACUGUGCAUGCCCAUGUUUCAGUUGGUGCGAGCCCUCUUGCCAGUAAGAUCUUUUAUUUCUUUGCUUUCUGCCAUUACCUUGUAUGUUGGAGAUGGCUCCAAUCCCCAAUGUUCAUAGCAACAGCCGCAUGCAAUAUGUGUAAGCAUUGUGCUUUUGCUAAUCAAGCCCCCACCCAGAUAGGGGAGAAGCCAGAAUUGGAUGCUACCUGUGAAAACGAUUAUCAUAUUUAAUUCCAAUUUUUAGUUUGAGCUA